AUGAAUAAUAAAUUACCACAACUGCCUAAUCUAUUUGAAAUUAUCGGAACAAAUUUUGAUAAUGAUGAUGAUGAUGAUGAUGAUGAUGAUGAUGAUGAUGAUGAUGAUGAUGAUGAUGAUGAUGAUGAUGAUGAUGAUGAUGAUGAUGAUGAUGAUGAUGAUGAUGAUGAUGAUGAUGAUGAUGAUGAUGAUGAUGAUGAUGAUGAUGAUGAUGAUGAUGAUGAUGAUGAUGAUGAUGAUGAUGAUGAUGAUGAUGAUGAUGAUGAUGAUGAAUAG